AUGAGCGCCACUCUCACAUCGUCAAUCACCCAUGAACCAGACUCAAUGGCCAUCUACCAUGCCAUCUUGAGAACGGUUCGGUACGAUCUCCGCCAAACAGGGCACAUCACUGAUAGCCGGGCCUCUACAGGCCAUCUUGCAUCACUGUCAGCUAUGUUGCCCCUUGUCGAGGAAGUCGAUGAGGCGGACCUCGCAGAUGUUUGCUUGCCAGCACCCUGCCUUCGCGAGACCGUCCUACCAGAUGAGUCUAUUGUUGACCUCGUCAACAGUUGCAGCCAGAAUGCCACAAACAAGGACCUACAGAUACUUGCGGAGGAUGCCAUUACGUACUCCUCACGGGUGAUCAAGGACUUGGAGUUGCCUCUACUGCCCAGUAACCAUGAUCAAGAUUUCAAAGACUUUCUCAAGAAAUAUUCUCCAGGUUCCCGGCCCAAUCCUAUCCAUACAUCGAUACUUCCCCAUGAGCCGGUGGAUGAGCAUAAGGACGAGAGCAUGACGUUUCCCAGAAAGGCAUACGCCACUCUUGCUCACUUAGAGGAACAACUUAUGACUGAGAACAUUGAACCGGAUGUGUGUGACACGACAUGCAUAUCUGAGGCCUUGGAAAACUACGAUGGAGGGGGCUUAAGUCUCUCAAUCAUCAUGAGCGAGCUUGCAAUUCUUCAAGUACGCAUGCCCUUCUUGUCAUCUUCAGGCACUGACUGCUAUGAGAAGGGCUCGAACCGCGUGGCCACCCCUCUUCUACUUCCCCCAGAGGGGGGUGAGGGUCUACAGCCACCGAUACUCGAACAGCCGGACCCCGACAAUUUCGUUCCCACCGCUAGAAACACCCUCCAUUCGCAUAUCGAGCACACCAAAGGAGCCAGAAAUACUUUCAUUCACCCCGCCAUCGGUCACAACCCACAAGCACAAGUAUACCCGAAAGGCCUGGCUUCACAGUCCCAUCACACCACAGGACAAGUACAACAACAGCUGGAGCAAGAUAAGCCCAGAAAUCCCGACUCAUUGAUUCGUUUGCCUGUCCCGAAGCUCGACUUCAGUAUUCCGAAUCCAUCUCGGGCCAGCACUGGGUGCUCUACAAGUAUGUUUGAAUCUGUGAGGCACGACUGGAAGACGUUUCCCGACGCAUGGCCUCAGGAUCUUGAACGUGAGAGGCAGUUGCGGUGGACGCCUUUCUCGUUGAAAGACGCUGAAAUCAACGUUUUCGAAAGCAUCAGUGAUUAUGAGGACACUCUAGUGACGUUGAGCCGCUCAUCUCCGGAGCCCUCCAAAGAAUACGCAACCUAUGAUGCCGGUUCGUUGAAGAUAUAUCAGCAUGCCAAGAAUGCAGUGAUCAACGCCAACUUAUCGUCACGGGAAGAAUCUCCUGCUGUACAACCUGUGCGUCAGGCCACACCACUCAAUUUACCUGCACCACCAGCAGACAAUCUGCUGGAGCUGGCGAGGAAAAGGAAAGCCGACAGGCUACGAUAUGAAAAGGUUGUGCCCCAAAACAAGAGACUGCGCGAAAGCCAUCAGCCACACGGGAAGUACAAAGAUAUUCUCCUCGCCGAGAACGAACCCGGUGCCUUGAGCAAGAUGCUGUCCAACUACUUGGCUUUGAUCGACCAUCCACAGCAAAGGGCAAAAGGUCCCGAUAUUCUUCGGGUUUCCGGAAAUACCUUUACUGCAGGAGUUGAAAUGCUUGAUCGAGAUUUCAGCAUGCCCUGCCAACGGAUAUCUUCGCUCGCAUCAGCCUCUUCUGAGGAUGAAGUCUCUGCCCUUUCAUACGAAGCUGACCUGUCGAUCUCUGCUUCCACGGGGAUCGUGGUCACUACGCUCCUUCAGGUCCGUCAAAGGCCUCUUCCGGGGUCGGCCGACUCAAGAUCACAAUUACGGAAGCGCAUCAACAACGUGGCUCCCUUGUACGAGCGUCUUGUAGUUCUUGUCUGGAAAGAUGGCAAGGACGACGCGUCUGCAGGGGCACCACUGUCUCCAGCUGAAGCCGCAGCUUACUCCGAGUUUGUCAAACAGAACGCUAUGUUGCGUGGCACAAAGAUCGAACCUGUAUAUGUCGGAGGGGGGCCUCGUCAUCUCGUUGCUCGGACUAUUGCGAAAGUCCGUCAGUAUGUCACAUGUGACAAGCAGCAUUUGCUCAGGGAGGAAGAAACAGACUGGGAAGUCUUCUUUCGACAGGCUGGCAUGAAUAUAUAUGCGGCCCAGGUGCUUGCUGCGUCUCUCCGAGACGACUUUGGAGACCAGGGCUUGGAGCGCUUCCUGGAGAUGCCGCGGGAAGAGAGAACAGAGCAUUUCCAGGAAUUGCUUGGGGGAGGUGCCGUACUCGGGCGCAUGUGUGCGAGGUUAGACAAGAGACAGGCUUCAAAGCAUGGUGAUGAAGCAGAGUGGAGAAGCUAG